GUGGUUCCUUAAAAUGUGUGUUUACAUUCUACAGCCGCUGACAUCGGUGUACAAUCUCAGUUGAUAACAAUGUCCUCUCCAAUGUCUAACUUAGUUGAUGUCCACGGUCAGAUAGCCUCUAUACUGGAGGUCUUGGCCAACGCAGCAGUGUCAGAAAUUUGUAAAGUAGUGGAUGAUGGCUACGCAGUUUUGCGCCUUGAAAUUUCGAAGAGUCAAAACGAGAUCGACUCUCUGAAGAAAAAACUGCACAUGACGAAACUUCGUUGUCGGCGCGUAUGCUCGGAGAGGCAUGGAGCACAGGGAUAUGGUUUAGGAAGGUUGUCUUCACCUGCUGGUGUCCAUAUGCGGGGCAAAACAUUCCACUCCAUUCAAAGCUUCCAGAAUAGCAAUUCAAUACCAGAAGUGGAACAUGGUUCUGUGUCACAAAAUCAGGAUACCAGUCAGAAGCGGCCCUUGCACAGAAAUCAAAAUACUCAUGGCCAGCAGCAAUUAACAGGUGCAAGCAAAGAACUGGCAACAGUCAAGACUGAAGAUAACACUGCAGAUUAUACCACAUCGUGUCUAUCAAGAGAAAAUGUUGUGACCGAUGACUACAAUGAAGGCUGUGUCAAUUCCUCCGAAGAAGUCAGGACGGAAGAGACAAGGCCCCUUCAGAAAUCAGACUCCGACAAGACCAGUCACCCUCAUCAAGCCCACACUUUGAAGCACAACAGAGAGGCAGAGAGGCAAACAGAAGAUGAUUCCCAGUUCAGGACUUGGCAAGAAGCUGGUCAGUUACUAGAAGAUCCUUUAGCAUGGGCCCAGGAACAGAGAAAGUCAGGUGCUAACACUAACAUAUCAAAUGCAGAUGUGGAUCAUGGGACUUUCUCCAGAAAUAAGGGCACUUCUGAGAGUGCCACUAACUGUCUGCUCUCAGCUGGUUCCAUAGACUGGGAGCCAGAUCUGGUGCUUGUUGAUUCAGUGCCCAUUAAAGUGGAGACAGACAUGACCUCAGACUGGAACAUAUCUGAGCAUGGGAAUAUGAUAAGUAACAGUACAAGUGGCUCCAAUAUAACAUGCCCUCCCUUAAAUCACAGAGGUGAAAUGCCCACCACAUCACCUUGCCACCUGACUCAAGCUCACCAGGCAAACCAGGCUGAGAGGUCCCAGCAGCUUGGCCGGGCUUCAUUAGGGAACACUGGCAAUGCCCCUUUUCGUUGCAUAUCGUGUGGGAAAGUCUUUUUCCAGAUGGCGCACCUCAAGCGACACGAGCGCGUGCACACAGGUGAAAAGCCGUUUGGCUGCGUCCGCUGUGGAAAACGCUUCUCACACCGCCACCAGCUUACAAACCAUGUGCGUGUGCACACGGGUGAGAAGCCCUUUCGCUGCAUCCACUGCGGCCGCCACUUCACACAGUCCAGCCACAUGAAGAGACAUCUGAGCAUCCAUACGGGCCAGACACGAUCCCACAGCUGCGCUGGCUGUGGGAGAUGGUACACUACACAGGGCAGCCUCAUCAGGCACCAAAGGUCAGGCUGUAGUUUUGGGAGCUAGCAGUGUUCUCAACCACCAGUUUGUUCAUUUCCGCUGUGCCUCUAGCCCAGCUCUAGUCUCUAGCUAUAGGCUUGCAUUCAAGAGACUGUCCAUGAUUCUGUUGAAAGAUUGUUGAUAUUUGAGCUUUUAGAACUGUGUAUGAAUACCGGAGUCAUUUUUUUGUUUUUUUUAAUGCACAAACAGCGCCAUCGCCAAGCAGGCUGUGUGGAGCAAUUUGCUGAAUUGUACAAUACGUUUAUCCAGUUGGGCUUAUAGACUUACAACCCCCCUUCCAAAAUUGUGAUGAUGUGUAAAAUGUAAACAUUAACAGAAUGCUAUGAUUUUCAAGAUAUGCAGCCUAAAUCAUAUGUUUAAUAGAAAAUAGUGCAAAGAUAACAUCAAUUGUAUUGUUUUUAAAAAAUAUAGAUAUAUGGUCAUUCUUAAAUGGAGAAUGCCAGCUAUAUGUUGGGACAGGGGAAUGUUUACCACUGUGUUGCAUCACCUAGUCUUUUAACAACAUUUUCUAAACAUUGGUAACUGAGGAGACUAGUUAUUGGAGUUUUGAGCAAGAGAUGUUAUAUAUUUCAGCUGCUCAACAGUCUGAGGUCUUCAUAAUAGUGUUUUCCAUCCCAAUAUACAUCAAGUGUGACAGGUCUGGGCCGCAAACAGGCCAUUUUAGUACCUGGACUUUACUAUGGAGCGAUAACUCUUGUAAUAUGUGUAGAAUACAGUUUGGCAUUAUUUUCCUGAAAUAUUCAAGGCCUUUCCUGAAAAAGACAUUGCCUGCAUGAUUGCAUAUGUUGGCCAAAACCUGUAUAACAUUCAGCAUUCAUUCUGGCUCUCCAAAUGUGCAAGCUGCUCAUAUGGGCAGGCACUAAAGCACCUCCAUACCAUCUUAGAUGGCUUUUGGACUGUACACUAAUAACAAGUUAGAUGGUCCCUCUUCAGCCCAGAGCCCAGUAUUUCUAAAAUGAAUUACACGUUUUGAUUGGGCUUACCACAGGACACUUGUCCUACUAGAGUUUUUCAGAGUUUGUGGAUGGAGCAUCAAACUGUGUUUUGUAGACUGAUAAUCAGAAGUUUUCCUGAGCCCAUGCAAUGAUUUGAAUUACAGACACAGCUGUGUUUUUAAUGUAGUGUCAUCUGAUAUAUCGGUGAUGAAUACCACCACAUAUUUACUUCUGAGAUACUCAACCAAUCUGAGAUGCUCUUUUUCUACCCAAUGAUGAUGCCAGUUAACCUAGUUGUGAAAUGUUCCUCCUUGUUUUCUCUAGCAUUGCACAACUUUUCCAGCCUUUUAUUGCCCCAUCCCAUUUUUUUAAUAAUAUGUAUUGCAGGCAUCAAAUUCAAAAUGAGCAUAUAUUUUUUAUAGAAUUGUGAAAUUGGUCUAUUACAACAUUUAAUAUGUCGUCUAAAGUCUAAAUAUGGGUGCAAAUGAUUUGCAAGUUAUCAUAUUCUGUUUUUAUUUACAUUUUACACAGCGUCCCAACGUUUUUGGAAAUGGGGUUGUAAAAUGUAUGAGGUUACCAAGUUGGAGAGUUUUUCUAUAAAGUGGCUGCAAGAAUAUACAACUUGUGUAGAUUUACUUGAAGUGUUUUUGCUGAUGAGAUUUUUAAAAUGUUGAGAUCUAUGAGAGACCUUUUCCCUCAUGGUAUUAAGCCUUUUUUCAGUGUAUACAUUUGUAAGGGGGUGGGGUGUUGUAGCCUAGUUAAGAAAGACAUUUGAUGUAAAUAAUAGUAGUGUCCUCUCUUUCCAUUUCUCUAUAAAUGUCACAAGUUGAGAAAGAUCAAUAAAAUGUUGCUAUUGUU